CAGCAAGUUUGGAGAGCGUGUUGAGUUUAAUCAAUUCAUAACGUCGAGAUGGAGCCGAACUCACUGAAGUGGGUGGGCUCGUCUUGCGGUUUACAUGGACCAUAUAUAUUCUAUAAAGCCUUUAAAUUUAACCGGGACGCCAAACCGAGAAUCCUGUCUCUCGGAGACUUUUUCUUCGUCAGAUGCAAACCGGAGGAUCCUAUUUGCAUAGCGGAGCUUCAGCUGCUCUGGGAAGAAAGAACAAGCAAACAACUUUUAUCAAGCUCCAAACUUUAUUUUCUACCCGAGGAUACUCCCCAGGGACGCACAGUCACUCAUGGAGAGCACGAAGUAAUUGCGCUGUCUGAGAAGGUGAUCGUGCGACUGGAGGACCUGGUGAAGUGGACGGUACCAGACUUCUCAGGAUGGGACAACAGUCUCAAGGCCGAGCCGUUGAAACCCUCGGUGCUCCGGGAGCUGGGGACCAAUGGGAGGAGGGAGGCCCUCCACCGCUACAGGGAGAGCACCCUUACCAGUGGACUCAACUUCAAGGAUGUCCAGAGGGAGAGGGCACAGCUAGGCCAGGAAGAAGAUGGGCGGAAGGUUUUAGUCCUCAGUUACCCUCAGUAUUGUCGUUACCGUUCCGUUUUGGCACGGCUAAGAGAGCAGCCGUCCUCUCUGCUCAUAGACCACACGGUGCUGGCGCUGGGCGGCAUUGCUGCGUUGGAUGGAAGCACGAGGAUCCUGUACUGCCGGGACACCUUCGAACACCCCACCCUGCUGCAAAAUGAGAGCAUCUGCGACGAGUUUGCUCCCAACCUGAAGGGGCGACCUCGGAAGAAGAAGCUGUCCUUCUCUCAGAGGAGAGACUCCCAGAGUCAGGCUCAGGGUCAGGGGUCAUCAGGGUCAAACCAGGGUUCGACAGCAGUGACAGCACAGGAACCCUCUAGUCCAGAGGGCAAAAUUACAACCAAGGUCAAACCCAACUGUAAAACGGUACCCAACGGAAAAAUAACCGCACCGGCCAAACAAAAGGCCAUUGGCCUCAGUAAGAAAUCUUUAUCCGAGGAGAAGGACAGAGGAAAGGAAAAGGAGAGGGAGGAGAGAAGCGAGAAAGAGGACAAGAAAGAGGAGGAUACAUCAGAGGAGAGCCGAGCGGAGGAGCAGGCUUUCUUAGUAGACCUCUACAAGUACAUGAAAGAAAGAGACACGCCCAUAGAGAGGAUCCCCUUCCUCGGCUUCAAACAGAUCAACCUUUGGACUAUGUUUCAAGCUGCUCAGAAACUCGGAGGAUAUGAGUUGAUCACAGUCCGCAGACAGUGGAAACAUGUAUAUGAUGAAUUGGGCGGCAACCCCAGCAGCACAAGUGCCGCCACAUGUACACGGAGACACUACGAGAGGCUCCUCCUCCCUUAUGAGAGGCAUAUUAAAGGAGAGCCCGACAAACCCCUCCCCUUGGCCAAACCCAGGAAGCAGGAGGGCAGCCAGGAGAAGGCGUCAGGAGCCAAAGCCAAAGGACUAGGGGCCAAGAAAUUAAAAAGCCUGAGCAAUCCCAAGCUGGGGAGUAAAAAGGAUAGAGGGGAUACACUGAAAGGCCAAGAACAGUCACAGGAUGAUACGGUGAAAGAAGAGAAUCAUGACCCUCCCACAGCCAUAAAACAGGAGGUACCUCUGCAAGAUGAACCAAUUGUAAUAGAGGAGGAAGAGUUACACCUUACCCUGAAGAAAGAGGAGUCCCUGGUGGUGGAGCAGCCAUCUUCAUUCUGCCCCAAAGAGCCAGACUGCAGAGGCCUACAUGCUGGUCUACCCCUUUGUACUGGUUCUGGUUCCCAGCACGAAUGGAGGCAAAUCAGUGAGGCCCUGCAGUCAAAACUCACCUGUGAACAGCAAACUGAAGGUCAUUUCAUUCCUAAAAACCCUUACCUGUCUCAUCGAUGGGAUAUAGACAAACCUGCUGGACAUGUAGCCUUGCCUGAGCCCUUCUCCAGGGUCAAAGACCCCAUUGAAGGUCAUGGUGGGAGAGUGGGGAAGGUGUUGCCGAUGUGUAAACAGGCAGACAAACAGUGUAUAGACUUAAGCACUGAUUCCUUCCCAGAGAAAGAAGACUAUGGGGUUAUUAAGAAGGAGUCUACCCAGGGCUCCGGACAGACGGCUGCCUACUGCAAAGCAAGCCAGGGGGUCAUGUCUCCUUUGGCCAAAAAGAAGCUCCUCUCUCAAGUGUGUGAGUCCAACCCUUUCUCCUUUACACCUCUUUCUCUUCAGCCUCCACCUCCCACAGCUACAUCCUCAGUUCCUGUCAUAUCAGUGUCUGAAGGGGAAAAGGAGAAGAGAAAGAGUGAAGAGGAGGGAUUAGGACAAAGGCAUGGCAUCCCAGAAGUAGCUCCUAUAUUCAGGCCAUCAGUCAUCCAGCAUGCCCAGAGCAGCAAGCCUCACCAACAAGCCACAGGUGGCCCAUCAGAGAGGAGCACUGCUGGGGAGCUUUCAGAGAGUUACAAUUGCCGGACAAGCCAUCAUCCCCAGCCUCAAGUAAGCGCACCAUGGCAGCCCUAUCUCCCCCGAGCUCAGGAUGCUUUGGAAAACAGUGGGGAGAAGCUACUCCAGGGCCCGGCUUCUCAGCCCCGGAACUACGCAAGUGACUGCUACUCUUCCCCUCACCUCCACAAUCUGUAUAGGCAAACUGAGAACUGUCUGAGUCAAGAGAGGAUUCCUGGCUUUGUUAGUGCAGAGCGGCGAGAGCACUACACAAGGGACCGUGAAGGCAGCCAGGGUUUUGUUUGUGGCACCCUGGAGCAAGAGGGCUUGGCCUACAGAUCUCACUUCAGUGACAGGACUCAAACACACGGCGAGAGCAGAGAGGCCGAAGAUGAGCCAAGAGACUUCACAGUUUCUAAACAACGCUCUCAGAGGGUUUCCUCUUUCUCUAAGCCUCCCUUCUGUAGUCUCCCAUAUUCCAUCAUGCACCAGGGUUUGGAUUCUCACCCUAAAGCAUGCAGAGUUCCUCCUAUGACAAUCUCUCCCCCCAAGCAGAACCCAGCAGAGGCAUCACAGUCAUUUCCCAGCCCCAAAGCUUCAGGUGAAUCCUCCCUCACCAGCCCCAAUCGACCCAGUAAAAGAAGUCUAGCAGAGCCCGAGAGCGAAGAUGUCCCUGAAAGGAAAGUUCGUGUGGUUACACCAAUCCACCCUGCUGGCACAAUCCGACGUAGUGAUCCAGAAGAGCUGAAACCAGCUGAGCCGGCCCAUGCUGUUCACCUCAACAAUCAUCUUCCUGAGGGACACCCUACAACCACUUUUCCCCCACCUCAUGCCGCACCCCUCUAUGCUGGCAUAUACCCGCCUGGCAGCCUGGUUUCACCAGGGGCCCAGGACGGGCUCCAGCAGCAUCCGGGUUUCCAGUAUCUAAAAAGCCAGUCAGCAGUAUCUCCUCUUGUGCCCCCUUUAUUCCACUCCAUGAUGCUCCACAGGCAGCUGCUGGCCUCUAGCCCUAGCCCACACCACUUCUACAGGCACCCUGGUGGGGCAGCACUGUAUGGGGACCUGUUGCACCAUCUAUACCCUCUCUCAACCCUCCCACCACCUCAGCUGUCCUCGGUACACCCCAGCACCAGACUGUGAGAAAGAGGAGACAUUUAUUUCCCACUCUCUUUCUUCAUCCUCAGAAACUGUCUCAGCUUUUCUUUGUCUUUGUUUCUCUAUCUCGGGGAUUGUGGCUCAGUCAAAACAAAACACUGAUUAUAUAACUUUGGCUGAUAACUGACUGAUAAAUGCAUCAGUCAGGUGGACUGAAAAUUCCAUUUUCUUUAUUUUUUUUAAAUUGUUUAUGCCUUUGUUUAUAUACUUUGCACUGUUCUUUAUUUGUAUCACCACUUACUGUAUCUUUUUUGUUGUUGUCGUCGUAUUCUUAUUUGCACAAUGCUCAUGUGUAUGUGCUCACAAAUCAGUUUGCCGCUCUCAGUAACCAUGAGUCAGGUUGUUGCUCUGGAUGUGUGAAAUGUUGAGGGCAACAGAGAAAAGCCAUUUGUUUACUACAUCUGAGGGCUAAACUUUGUUGCUUAAGAACACUACAAGUAACAUGACAACGUAAAUCAAAUUCUUUAUAUAACUAGAGGUGCGUUCACAAUUGCAAACCAUGUUCAGCAGCUGUUUAGCGCAUAAUUACUCUUUAGGCAGCCAGUGGUGUUGUAUCUGUUUACAUGUCUCCACGCUGAGCUCUGUUGCCUGUUUGUGCCACAGUAAAUCCACAUGGACUCUUUAGAAUAGACAUUAACACUCACUGUGGUGCUGCAUAACACGAAUAGUUUAAUCAUAACAAAACAUUUAGAGGUGCUGUGUAUGACAGAUGUACUGUAGACUCACUUGUUCCUCAGUUCAGGUUUUUUCUUUUAUUAAUAAUCAUGUAUUUCAGUUCAAAUACAAAAUAAGCAGUUUUCAUGUUCAAUCUGUUGACAAAUUACUUUUUUUUGUUAAGCAUUGAUUAAAAAGUCAUUUAAAUUUUUUUACUUUCUAAACUAAAAGUGAUAUGACCCCCUAAACCUUUUGUGACGAGUAGACUCUAGCGGCUUGUUUUUGUCUGCAGGACCAGCAUAAUGAAGCAGCUGUCUGCUGUGGAAUGCUCACCACAAAAAAAAAUCAGCAUUUCAUCUUUUUGUUCUUGACUUGAAAAGCUUUUUUUGUUGGUGAACAUAUUCUUUUCUUCAGUACGCUGAAAGACUCCCUGUAUGAUUUGAUAGGAAUGUUGUCACUUAGGAUAUUACUGCUUUGCAAAUAUCUGUGCCUUUCGCAGUGUUGGAUUAGAGUUAGCACUACAGUUGUUAAGGUUUAUCUUCUGUAGCAGGGUAGGAAUGUCAAUAUUACUGUCACUCUUGUCUGAAACGAAGCGCACAGACACCCAUGCAAAAACAAUAUGGCACACUUGGCUAUCAGACACCAGACUUAAUGUGUGAGGCACAGAAUGGGACGUUUUUAAAAUGUAAACAGUUAUGCUGUAAAUCUAAUGGUUAGUAUCUGUGCUUAAAUUAUAAAGUGCCCCUAUUGUGCUCAUUUACAGGUUCAUAACAUAUUUGGGGGACCUAUUUGAGUAAGUUUACACACUUUAUUGAUGAAAACCUUUUUUCUGUACUCUUCCCAACCUCUGAAAUGGUCCCCCUACUUAUAUAAACGGUGAUAUUGUUAGACAAAGUCACUGUUAUAAUCCUAGCAGUUCUAAGCAAUGGUUUAAUAGCUUGAAAGUUACAGCUAUUUUAAAUUAGUCUCAGUGGGUUUGUGCUCUUUCUGUUGUCUGACAGCAGAAAUAGAAAAAUAUGUAAAUGUGAGCAGCUUUAUUGGGAAUUUUGCUGUAAAAAAAUACAGUAUGUGUAAUUGCAGAGUACAGACAGAAGCAAAGGAGAUAAUGUUAGCCACACUACCCGUGCUCUGUACCAACAGUAAACACAAGAAUUUCCCAAUUAUUCUAAGAUAUAGCUGUCAAAAAUAAAAGUAAUUUGGGUUCUGGUGUAGCUCACAAGCGGCCAUAUUCCACAGUGGCCCUGGGUUCAACUCCGAAGGCAAAAAAGUCCAUCCCUCCCAAAAUACUUAAAAAAAACUAACAAAUAAAAGAUGAAUCUACUGGUAUUCAGUUCUUUAGGUAUAACUGAGAUAUGCAGCAUUUUAAAGAAGUUGCAGCUGGUUGACUCUGGAUUUAAUUCAUGCCACUGCUCAUUAUUCUUUGUCUGAGUGCGCACCAAACUAGCUGCUAAGAAGGGAAUAUGUCACAGUGUUACAUUAUGAUGUAGACAAGUAAGUAAAGCCUGGACUGGCAAGGCAGUUCAGCAGCAGUGUUUUCUGUGUGAGAGAAUAAUUUUAAAUAUACAAAAGAAAAGCUAUAUAACAGAUAAAUAAAUAAGGUGAAACACAUAGGGGCACUUUAAGAAGUUAAAAUUUUAAACACUUACGCUUUAACUUAAGUAAAUAUGUUGACCUAGCUUAACUCCGUCAGCCAGUCGAUUAUACAAGAACCUGCAAGAUUUACUGAUCCUGACACAGGUCUGGUGUCUGUCACCCGCAGGGCGUGUGUGCUCUAUGUGUUUUCUAGCAGUGAUGAAAAGGUACCAGACUCCAUAAAGUAUGCCUACCAUGCUCCAUAGCCUGAGGUGGAAAGACAACACCUGCGCUGGCUUUUACAACCACUAUAUAAUUGCAAUCCAGGAUAGUCGAAAUACACAGUGAACAUGUCUGGUGUUUCAAAAGAAGAGAAAAAAAAUCUGUAAAACGUCUGUAAAGUUUUACCGAAUACUUAGAUAAAGACAUUCAUUUCUGAUUAAGUACUGUACAUUGCUGUGUGUAGGUAAAACUGGCAUUAGUGCUGGCUCCUGUACAGAACAUUCAUACGGGAUCAAUUCAUGGCACCCCCUCCUUCUCGUCUUAUUUUGUGUAAAUAGCACUGUAGAUAGUACUGCGUGGUUGUUAUCAUAUAAACUGUUAUAAUCUGUAUAUAGUAUAAAAACAGUAUAAAAGUUGGUUACACAAUCUAGCCGUGUCCUUGUUUGCUCUGUUUCAAGGUCACCGUGAUCACGUUAAAUUCAAACACUACAAUUUAAGGAUUAGGAUAUUGUUUAUUUGUUGUCGUUUCACUUUUUUUUCCAUGUCGUUUCCAUUAAUGUGCAUCCUGAAAGUGUUUUUGAUACAGCAGCCAUCUGUUUACCAAUCACCCAGCUGGCAGGCAAGACAAAAAAAUACACAUUUUGUAUUAUAUGACCUCCUGUAUAUUUAAUUAAAGUAUUUUACUAUC